AUGAUUUCGCUGAUAACAGCAGUGGCGUCGGGCUGCAUAAUCGUGUGGCUCAUAGAUUUGCGCAUGAAAUUCCGUAAAGAAAUUGCCAGGAUCGGUCAUGUUCCCACCCUGCGUCUGCUUUUUCCUCCGCAAAGUAUACUGGGCUUUAUAAUUCCACCGAUACCAUUUAUAUCUUCUGGACCGAACCAUGGGUUUCGCCUCAAGCGCGAGUUGUUCGAUAAAUUUGGAAUGGACAUAUAUGCUGGUGUAGGAAUAAUUCCUACGACUUCUGCUUAUUUCGUCUCGGAUGCAGAAGCAUUGAAGCAAAUACUAGCGUCCCGUGGAGCGUUCCAAAAGCACAAUGAUGACUACCAAUUUCUAACUAUCUUUGGGAGAAACCUUAUUGUUUCCGAAGGAGAAGAGUGGAGAAGGCAGCGAAAGAUUGUAGCACCCGUAUUUUCUGAUAAAAACAACCGCUUGGUCCAAGUUUCUGCCAAGGGAUUUGUCGACCAAAUGACCAGCACCUGGAGCCGCGAUCAACCCACUCGCAUCCAAGAUAUAGACGGCCAGGUUACAAUGCAGAUUACUCUUUGCGUCAUCUCCAAGGCAGGGUUUGGUCAAGACAUCGAGUGGUGGAAUGACGGAGAGGCACCCGAAGGACACAAGUUCACUUUUAAACAAGCUCUGUUCACGGUAUCUAAAAAUCUGCCUCUGAUUAUUGUUAUGCCAAAGUGGAUGUUUGGCUGGACCAAACACUGGGUACACGUAAGAGAUGCAUACCAAGAGAUGAGGCUCUAUUUCCAAGAGAUGAUAUCUUCUCGACGCGCGGAUAAUACUCCCGGUAGCCAAGCUCAAGCUGAGGAACAGCAUGAUCUAUUUAACCAACUCCUGCUGGCCCAUGACGACUCCAGCAAACUUUCCGAAGAGGAACUAUUAGGAAACGUUUUCCUAUUUCUGUUUGCUGGACACGAGACGACUGCUCACUCACUAGCCUUCACACUCGCAUUGUUGUCCGUCUAUCCAGAAGAACAACGCAAGGUGAUUGAAGAGAUAGAGUGGCUACAAAAGGAGCGUGAUGAUUUUGGCUACGAAGACUUGCCAAAAUAUACGUAUACACAAGCUGUGUGGUAUGAAACGCUUCGUCUCUAUCCUAUAGGGCCAGAGCUCCCUAGGCGUGCUGGAUUCGAUACAUCCCUUACCUAUAUACCUCACGACUCCAAACAGCCUACUACAAUCUCAAUCAAAAAUGGGUCACAAGUAAUCAUUAACAUACCCGGCCUUCAUUACAACCCCAACUAUUGGGACGACCCCACCGAUUUUAUUCCUGCUCGAUUUUUGGAGCCAAACUGGAACAAAGAUGCAUUCAUUCCAUUCCUUGCGGGGCCGAGAGCUUGUAUCGGUAGAAGGUCAGGAGUCCCAUCAGUUCGCGGAAACCACGGCGCUCACUGUCCUCGUGAGGCUUUUGUCUAG